UUUUUUUUAUAUAGGUAGCUGAAAUAACAUCCUUAUUUAUAAGCUCACUUUUUAUUUCUGUAACCAAACAUAAAAGAUUGUGUGUCAUGUUAUUAAAUAUAUAGUUCGGUAUUAUAAUGAUUAGAUAUUUGUGUAAAACUUAUGUGAAACUUACUUCAAUCCCGUUAAACCUGCAAAAUGUUGUAGGAAGAACUUAUUUUAGUUGUCCAGAACUUUCUCAGCCCUUACAAAAAGAAACAAAGUGGACUACUUCAGAGGAAGCUGUAAAAUGCAUAAAAUCAGGAGAUACUGUUUUCCUCAGUGGAGCUGUGGCCACUCCAAUACAAAUUCCUGAGGAUAUGGCCAAGUAUGCCAAGAGUGCUGGACUGAAGAAUAUCAAAGUUGUACACUUCUUUACAAUAGGAGAUAUACCUUAUCUUGCACCAGACUGCAAAGACAUUUUUCAUGUGGUUUCGCUAUUCAUUUCACCUAACAUUCGUGAAGCAGUUGCUGAUGGACAGGCAGAUGUUAUUCCUAUAUUUCUCUCUGACAUUCCAAAGCUGUUUUUUCAUGGAAUCAUCAAACCUGAUGUUUGUAUAGUACAGGUUUCACCUCCUGAUGAGCAUGGCUUUUGUACUCUUGGAACAAAUGUUGAAAUAGCAAGAUCUGCUUUAGUUUCUUCAAAACUCAUUGUUGCACAAGUCAACAAGCACAUGCCUCGUACAUUCGGAGAUUCCUUGGUGCAUAUGUCCCACAUUGACUACGCAGUGUCUCUAGAUGUUGAGCUGAUACCCACCACACUGUUCUCCCCCACUCCCUCUGAGGGUGACCCGGAGAUGACAAUCAGUAAACUGAUAGGAGACAACCUGGUAGAAGAUGGAGCCACAGUGCAAACAGGUUUUGGAAAGAUACCGGAUGGCAUAAUGCUCUCUUUAAAAAACCACAAGGAUAUUGGUGUUCACACAGAAAUGUUUACUGAUGGUGUAAUGAAUUUGGUAAAAUCAGGAGUUAUCACUAACAACAAGAAAACCUUGAGCCAGGGUAAAAUUACAACCAGCUUUUUCCAUGGUUCAUCAGAGUUGUAUCAAUUUGCUGACAACAAUCCCUUAAUAGAAAUGAGGGUUGCAGACUACACAAAUAGCCAGUACAUUAUUUCCAAACACCCCAAGAUGACAGCCAUCAAUGCCUGUAUAGAGGUGGACCUUACAGGUCAGGUUGUGUCUGACUCUAUUGGUACUAUGAUGUACUCAGGAUUUGGUGGUCAGUUGGACUUUAUAAAGGGUGCCGCAGAUGGAUUCGAUGGCAAAGGGAAACCAAUCAUAGCUACAACAUCAGUGGAUAAAAAUACAGGAGAAUCAAAGAUAGUUGCAAUCCUGAGGCCAGGUUCUGGAGUGGUGGUGACUCGAGGCCAUAUUCAUUAUGUGGUCACAGAGUUUGGUAUUGCAUCUUUGUUUGGAAAGACACUGCGACAACGAGCUCAUGCUUUGAUAAGUGUAGCUCAUCCAAACCACCGAGAAUCAUUGGAGAAAGCUGCCUUUGCCAGAUUUAAAGCUAUGCCCUGUCCUUAAAUAUUUUUACUAAUUUUGUAUUUAUACUUUUAUUUUGUGUAGGUAUGUAUGAAUUUGAAAGAUAUAAAUUUCUACUUCCCAA